AAGUGGAGUUGCGAGACCUCGCAUUCAUAUCCAUGAAGUAUUUGGAGAAACUGCGAAGUUUCCUGAAGAUUUGAGAGAGAUUUCCUCUAAACCAUAUUUAGGCUAACUCUGCACGGUGCAUUUACCAAGGAUCUGGAGAGACACAUUUGCAACUUGAGGAAUACGUUUUCACUCCCGCUGACGUUCGUUUCCUGCUACUAUUUCGAAGGAUGGAUCCGGUUCAACUCUUCUCCCGUUAGCGGUGGUUUUAUGCAGCCCGUUUUACCGCCCCGUUUUCAUGGACCUCACGAUCAAUGAUGACUAUGAGUUCGAUGCCUGACAGUUUGGUCGCUCCGGACCCGUCCAAAUCCGCCUUUCUGGAGUUCGGUCACGGUUUCCCCACGCACCAGCAGCACGCCCCCGCAUUGCCGCGCAGCCACUAUCCGGUUCACGGACUGCACGCCGGUGGACACGCGCAGCACGAGAGCCCCUUCUCCCCGAGCGCGGGCUCGUACGGACGCCCGGUGGGAUACUCGUACCCGAGCGCGGUCCCCACUCACCACCCCAGCUCCUACCUGCCAUACCAACACAACAACCACAGCAACGCGUUGGGACACUCAAGACUAGAAGAUACCGAUCACGACAAGCCGACCGUCAUAGAGAAUGGAGAGAUUCGCAUUAACGGCAAAGGGAAGAAGAUCCGGAAGCCCCGGACCAUCUACUCCAGCUUGCAGCUGCAGGUGCUGAACCAGCGCUUCCAGCAGACGCAGUACCUGGCGCUGCCCGAACGCGCGGAUCUGGCGGCGAAGCUGGGCCUCACGCAGACGCAGGUCAAGAUAUGGUUUCAAAACAAACGCUCCAAGUACAAGAAGAUCAUGAAACACGGCUCGAGCGGACCGGAAGGGGAGCACCUAAAUUCCACCUCGUCCAUCUCGCCCUGCUCGCCGGGACUUCCGCCCCUCUGGGACGUGGCCAUGGCGGGGAAAGGGGCGCCGAUGCACGCCGGCGGCUACAUGAACAAUUUCGGACACUGGUACCCCAACCAUCACCAUGACUCUAUGCCACGACCGCAAAUGAUGUGACGGAUCAUCUCAGUUAUAAAACUCCAUCGCGCGACGUUGGAUUAUAAUCAAUAUUCCUGAAUGUGUGAUUCGCCUGCCUUAUCCUAAGAACUGUUUUUUGUUUUUUGUUUUUUGUUUUUUUUUAGAUAUAUGUAUAUAGCCUACAUAUUAAUCUUUUUUUCCUCAUUACAUACUUUUAAUGUGGACCUGUAACUAAAACUGGACUGUUUUCGUUUUUGAAUGACAACUGUUCGUUUGGAAUGUAAAGACCUUCUUGUUUUGGAAGUUGGAGAGUUGAAUACAUAUUUGGAAAUAAACAAACACUCGGCCUAA